CGGUACGCACUGUGCUAGCUGUCAAACAGAUAAACAUUCGGCCGGUGUGUGCAGUGUGUUGUCGUUCGCAAUAGGGGGAAGAAAAAUGAUGUAAUAUAGACAAAAAAGCGGUGUAUUUCAGUCCCAAUUUCGUUCCCGGUUGCCUGAAACCAUGUCGCUGGCGUUGUUGCGAACGCUGUGCCGCCAUCAGCAGCACGUGCUACAACAGCGGCAGCCCGUUUCGUUCGUGGGCAGCAGUGCGAUCCGCUGUGCCGUCCGAUUUCAGAGCACGGCCGGUGGAGAAGAUAAGGCUCCCAAACAGGACAGCAACGACAAACAGUCCACCAAAGAGCGGCUGGCGGCCAAAUACAGCCGGGAGAAUGUGAAGCGCAACGUGCAGGGGUACGUCUUUUCACGGUUUUUCGACUACGUGAAAAACUAUGACAAGGUGAUCGAGAAGAAGUUCCCAUCGGCGGUACACGUGUACCGGGUGUUUUUGGUCGGGGUGCGCGAUUUCUUUAACGACAUGAAGAAGCUAGUCAAAAUCACGAAAAUCGUUUACUCGCACGAUAAUGACCUGCGGUGCCUGACGCGGAAGGAGAUCGAGCUGUACUACCAGAUGCCGCGGGACAUGAAGAAGGUGGCGCCGGUACUGCUCAUAUCGGCGCUACCGUUCGCGAAUUAUGUGAUAUUUCCUCUAGCUUAUAUGUACCCUCGAACGCUACUGACGUCUCAUUUCUGGUCGGUACAGCAGAAGGUAGAUUUCGCUCAGAUAGAUCUACGCAAUCGGCUCCUGUACAAUCGGCGCGUCUUUCGCUGCAUGCAGUCGAAGCUGGACGCACUGAAAAAGACACACGAUCCGGCGUACGAGAAGUUUAGCUAUAUAUUGGGCUUGCUCGGGAGCGGGCUGCAUCCAACGUCGGAAGAAAUAUUGGACGUGAGGGAGGUAUUCCAGCGGCCGCCCUUCCAUCUGAACAGUUUAUCCUCAUCACAUUUGAAAUAUCUUUGCCGAUUACACGACAUUCAUGCCGGACUGUUGCGGCGGUUUCGGUUAAGCGAACGAGCUUACGUAGUACACCACAUGGAUAUGGCGAUCAAGCGUGAAGGUGGCGUGCACAACAUGCCAAUCGAAUCGCUGAAGCAUGCGUGCUACAUCCGCGGACUGAACGCACACAACAUGAGUGUGGAAAGCAUGAUCGAUUGGCUGCAGGAAUGGGUCAAAGUGUCACUGGUUGUGGAUGAGGAUUGCAUCAGUAUGCUGCUGCAUCUGCCGAUCUUACUGACGUAUAACCAUACAAGUAACUGGAUCCUAAUACACUGAUAUUGGUGGCAAUGUGGGACAAGCAAGUUGUUCACCAUAUAACGAAGGGGAAAAAGAACAAUCAGAAGAUAAGAAAAGGGUAAAAAGCGUAUCAAAAAAAGACAGCGAGUGUCGGUUCUAUAAAGAAAGUACAACAAUUCACUCUGAUUGUUGCUGAUCCUAAUUCAGCGCUCGAAAAAAAGGAAAGUGCAAUUUCCAGUUUCUUUUAGAACUUAAAAACAAAGUGAUCCACAACAACACCAGUAAUUGUUAAAUUGUUUAUCCUUUUUUUUUAUUUAAAGUUAGCAUAUCAACGCUAACGAUGGUUGUUAUUUGUUGCAUGACUUCUUUCACUAUAUUUUAUUCCCUCUCUUCCUCUCUUUAAUCAUUCAACUCUACUACCACUUACUUAUGAAGCUUACGGUGAAAUAUAUCCAUGAUCAAAGGGUGAUUAUUAAAGCA